AACCAUGUUUUUAUUCGGUGACGUUUACGUUAAACAUUUAAAAUUUCAAAUGAACUUGAAUGGACGAUUCAAUUAAUUUCAAUAUUUAAUGAAAGAAGUGAUUAUUUUCUAGCAAUUAAUUUCGAAAGCAAAUGAAUCUUGCCAUUUUAACCAAGACUCAGUUAUGGAAACAUUUGAUAGUGUCUAUGAAGAAGAAAUAAAAUGUAUUUUAGAAGAAUUACAAAAUGUUACCCACUUGCCUGGACCAAUAUAUCAGAAGUUACUUCGUUUCAAAGCUGAAAUAUUAAUAGAUAAAUCUGAUGAAGAAUUACUAAUGAUACUCCAUUUGGUUGAGUCUCACAUACCAGGACUAAGAUUGAGAGCUACUGUUGAAUGUGAUUCGAAUAUAUAUGAAGAAAAAUCUCACAGGUCUUUUAUGAAAAAAGACUAUUUGAAUCCAUUUUCAUGUGUGAAAUCAGAUGUUCAAAUUUUACUUGAAAGAGUAGUUGAAUUGCCAAAAGAAUGGACAGUGAUACAACUAACUCCACGCUUUUCUUCCAAAAAUAUUUUUGCAAUAAAUUCAGAUGAUCUCACAUUGAGUGGUGUUCAUAUAACAGUUUUUAAUUGUGGAGAAAAAAAUGAAAAUCCUUAUUGUGUUACUCUACCAGCUGGUAAUGCAUUUUCAAUUAUGGGAGAUAUGAGGAAAUUGAAAAAUAAUUUGAAGGAAAUCUAUUCUAUUCCUUAUAAAAAAGUUACUGAAGUUAUGAGUACAAAAAGUAAGAAAAUGUACCAUAAGAGAAGAUUAGAAAUGGAAGAUGUAUUGGAGUGUUUAUUGAGAGAAAUUGAAGAUACCUGGCUUGGAGCUUGGAAAUGUUUAUUAAUAGGAAAGUACGAAGAUAAUUUGCUGGAAAUCAACAUACGUGAAUUAGUUAACGUAUUUUUAAAGGAACAAUCUCAUGAAUCAUCAUCAAAGAAAGUGCAGAACAUACUGGUACAAACAGCGAAAUAUAUGCUUAGCACUACUGAAGAUGAAUCAUCGAUAGAUAAAUACAUGGCCACAGUUCUAGAGUAUUGUUUUCCUGGUGAAAAUCUCAAAAGUUCUUGGAAUACCUUCUGGAACCAUCAUCGAAUUGAUAUUCAAAACAAAGGAAGGCAUCCUGUUAUUCUAAUUAUUGAUGAGGCUUUGGACGCUUUUCCUUGGGAAAUGAUUUCAACGUUGAAUGGACAACCAUCUUCACGAAUGUCUUCACUUCAUCUACUGUAUGCUAUGUAUAAAGCUCAUGAGGAUUCUAUAAUAGGAGGAUACAAAAUUAUAUCUUCUUGUAAUGGCAAUUUUAUAUUAAAUCCUGGCUUGGAUUUACAACUUAUGGAAAAGAGACUGAAGACUUUUUUCGAUUAUUGGUUACCAGAGUGGAACGGUAUGGCGGGUAAAACACCCAGUUCCAAGGAAUUUUUGGAUGCACUCACUGCUACAGAAAUUUUUUGUUACAGUGGUCAUGGAUCCGGUGCACAGUAUUGUUCCUCAGAGAAAAUUCAAAAAGAGAAGAUCGACUCUGUUGUUUUUCUUUUUGGAUGUGGGAGUACUCAGUUGGUUGAACAAGGACCAUCGAUAGAAAUGUAUGGUACUAGUCAAAUGUACUCAUUAGCUGCUUGCCCUUGUUUAAUUGGUAUGCUGUGGGUUGUAACUGAUAUAGACACCGAUGUUUUAACUACUAAUCUUUUGAGUACGUGGAUACCAAAUGCAAAUAAAACAUCUUGGCAACUUGUAAAUGAAAGAGAAUGGAUAGAUAAAGGCAUUGUUUCCAUAGAUGCCAUGGAAUCAAAGGAAAUAUUGAAUGAACCUAAUCUACUGAAAGCAUUAUGUUUAGCCAAAAAUAAAAUGAAACACAAUUGUAAUAAAGCAGCAGUUGUAGCUAGAGGAAUUCCGGUCAAAUUGAAGAUAUUGUUAUAAGGCAUCUAUUUUUUCAUCAUAAACCUGCCUCUCUUAUAUUGUAAAUAAUUUUGAAUUGAAGUUUAAUAAAUUGUUUUCCAAAAAUGA